AUGAACACUUUGCUAAUAGGAUUAAGUUUUUCGCUUAUAUGUUAUUUGAAUGGACUUGACGAAGAAAAGCCAUAUUGGGGCACAGGAAUUAUGGAUUUAGAAGCAUUGCCGUUAGAAAAACUUUUGAAAAUGAAAAAAGAACUUCAAAUAAAAGAUGAACGUUCGGUACGACGGGCCGACGAGGAGGCGUCGGCGGCAUCGGCGAUCCCGGUGGAUGAGGACACCCCAAACGCAAUGGCCUUGCGCAGGACCACGGAUGUUCUGCACUCGUCGGCGGCCGGCGGUUCGAUGCAGACAGCCUUUCAGAUGUCGCUUACCGUCCUGUCGUUUUUAGCGUUCGGCGGCUACGUGAUCAGCAUGGUCGCGCAGAACAUGCGCAGGCCUACGCAGUCACUUAGCGGCGUCACGGCGUCGCACCCACUCAAGGCCGUGGUAGUCAACCGGAAGAAACAGCAGAGUCUGAAACUAGGACCGUCCGGUCCCAUGACCACGGUCAGCUUCGGGCGGCGCAAGCGGAGCCGGAGGUUCCCGCGAACUACGACGACUUGUUCUUAG